UCACUACUCUACUUGAUCCUGAUGAUGAAUCAAAUAUUCAUGCCGUGCUACUUUGGGAACGAGGUAACGCUGAAAAGUGCCCGCCUAACCCACGCCCUAUACUCAUCCGAAUGGAUCAAAAUGAAUGCGCCAGAGCGGAAGGAAAUCCAAAUGAUGAUGAUCCGAUCGAUGAAACCGAUCGUGCUCAAGGCCGGCGGAUUCUUCUACUACAAUGUGGGGAUGUUUACGUCGACAUUGAACACUGCAUAUUCUCUGUUCUGUGUUUUACAGAGAAGAGUAAGUUCGACACGUGGCGAAAUGUAAUGAAAAU